GAAAAAGAGACUGGAACGAAACUUCACAUUGAAAGAAAGCUCUUUUUUUUUCCUUUUUUUUUAAAGUUGACUAUACCCCAGGAACUGUAACCCAAAUGUUUCUCUGUCUGUGGAGAAGAUUUCAUUUUUGAAACAAGAUUUCUACAGAAGCUGGGUGUGUUCCAUCAUCAUGUUCUGGAAGUUUGAUUUAAACACAACAUCACAUGUGGACAAGCUGCUGGAUAAGGAGGAUGUGACAUUGCACGAGCUGAUGGAUGAAGAUGACAUCCUACAGGAGUGCAAGGCACAGAACCGCAAACUGCUGGACUUCAUCUGCCAGCAGCACUGCAUGGAGGAGCUGGUUAGCCUUAUCACACAUGAGCCCCCUGUGGAGAUGGACGAGAAGGUCCGCUUCAAAUAUCCGAAUACAGCCUGUGAACUCCUGACCUCUGAUGUGCCGCAGAUCAACGACAAACUAGGAGGGGAUGAAACUUUAUUGAACAUCCUGUAUGACUUCUUGAAUCACGAGCCGCCUUUGAACCCUUUGCUUGCCAGUUUCUUCAGCAAGACUAUUGGGAAUCUCAUUGCAAGAAAAACUGAACAGGUGAUUGCAUUUUUGAGAAAUAAAGACCAGUUUAUUAGCCUGGUACUAAAGCAUAUUGAUACAUCUGCAAUGAUGGACCUGCUGCUUCGUCUGAUCAGCUGCGUGGAACCAGCACCUCUACGUCAGGAAGUAUUAAAUUGGCUUAAUGAAGCAAAAGUAAUUCAGAGACUUGUGGAGCUGAUCCAUUCGAGCCAGGAUGAGGAUAGGCAAUCAAAUGCUUCCCAGACCUUGUGUGAUAUCAUAAGACUGAGCAGAGACCAGGGCAACCAGCUACAGGAGAUAUCUGAGCCUGAUCCGCUUCUCACAGCACUGGAAUCGCAGGAAUGCGUGGAGCAGCUUUUGAAAAACAUGUUUGAUGGAGACCAGACUGAAAACUGCAUAGUGAAUGGAACUCAGAUUUUAUUAACGUUACUGGAGACAAGGCGCUCUGGAGUGGAGGGACUGAUGGACUCAUUCUCUCAGGGAUUUGAAAGGUCUUACACUGUCAAUAGCAGCAUCUUACAUGGUAUUGAACCAUGGCUAAAGGAUUUUCACCAGCUUCUACUCAAUCCCCCCAAGAAAAUGUCAAUCCUGACUACAAUUGGUGUCCUGGAGGAGCCACUGGGGAAUGCUCGUCUUCAUGGAGCUCGACUAAUAGCUGCUCUGCUUCACACAAACACUCCCAGUAUUAACUAUGAACUAUGCAGACUCAAUACCAUGGAUUUAUUACUUGACUUAUUUUUUAAAUACACAUGGAAUAACUUUUUGCACUUCCAAGUGGAACUGUGCAUAGCAGCUAUUCUCUCGCACUUUGUGCACGAAGGGAAAUCAGCAACAAAUGAUCUGGAAAAUAAAGAGGAGGUGCUGAAUGGGAAUGUGACCACAGAGAACUUGAAGACUCCAGACCACAGUCCAGAGAAUAUUAUGGUGACACAUCUGUUCCAGAAGUGCUGCCUGUUGCAAAGGAUAUUGGAUGCCUGGGAAGUCAAUGACAAAAUACAGGCAGAAGGUGGAAUGAGGCGAGGGAAUAUGGGCCACCUUACCCGAAUAGCCAAUGCUGUGGUACAGAAUAUGGAGAAGGGCCCCAUGCAGACACAGAUCAGUGAAUUCAUUAAAGAGCUACCUGAGGAUUGCAGAGGGAGGUGGGAGAGCUUUGUAGAAGAGACGUUGAGAGACACAAACCGGAAGAAUACAGUGGAUUUGGUGAGCACCCACCAUCUGCAUUCUUCCAGUGAGGACGAGGACAUCGAGAGCGCUUUCCCCAAUGAACUCUCCCUCCAACAGGCAUUCUCAGAGUACCAAAUCCAACAGAUGACAGCCAGCUUUGUGGAUCAGUUUGGCUUCAAUGACGAAGAGUUUGCAGACCAGGAUGACAAUAUCAAUGCACCUUUUGACAGGAUUGCAGAGAUAAACUUCAACAUAGAUGCGGAUGAUGACAGUCCAAAUGCAUCCCUCUUUGAGGCCUGCUGCAAUGAACGGAUCCAACAAUUUGAUGAUAAAGAGGAGGAGGAAGAUAUCUGGGAGGAGAAGGAAAUAACCUAUGCAACCCAAGUCAAAUCAAGAACACGGUUUGGAGUAUCUCAGACCUCAGAGAGUUCCUCAAAAAGUGAUCUAGAGAAUGGGGAUCGUGAUGGCAGUGUGGACUCAGAAGAAGAGGAGGAAACAGAAGAACAAACAACACCUGUCACCGAGAACACCAACAAGAAUAAUCCUUCUGAGCAGAAAGACUCUGACUCUGCUGAAGGAUCUGGGUGGACAGCCGUGUUUGAGCCUGUGAAUUCAAAACCCCCGGCACCCUGUGUUGCCAUGGAUGUUGGAUCAAGUGUAUGGGAUUCAGCAGCACCAGAGACAGCCACUCCUGAGGAGAAAGGAUGGGCAAAAUUUACAGACUUUCAACCUUUUUGUUGCUCAGAAUCAGGUCCCAGAUGUAGUUCUCCUGUGGAUACAGAAAGCAGUGACUCAGAGGGAAACCCCAAGCAGGGUCAAGACAAGAACUUCAAUGCUGCCUCACCCUGUGUUUGGAAUGUCUGUGUGGCAAGGAAGGCACCUCUGGUGGCUUCAGACAGCAGCUCAUCUGGAGGCUCAGACAGUGAGGAAGAGGAGGAUAAAGCUGAUAUCGUCACAGAAACCAUCAGUACAGGCUCAGGCCAGGAAACCAUCAAACUCACCAUGGAUGCUAAGAAUGAGAAGGCUGUGUUCACCAGAAUAUUUAGACCUUCAGUCAGAGGUGAUGCAGACUGCCUGGUUAUUGACAAGCUGACCAUCACCGACAUGGGAACGACAAAGGUGUCCAAACCACUAAAGAGCAUGCCCCAGCAUUCUGAGGAGCUCCAGAACACUGCAGCUGUCGGCAUGGCUGCCACAGAAAGCACAACAAAAGACAGCCAGCCCUAGGGGUCACUGUUUGGGCAUGCAGCUGUGGCCCCUCCGAUGACCACUGUCACGUGGCUGAGAGUGUGGAAUGAUGCUGCCAUUCCUAGGAAUAUGGAGAUCUGGGAAAGGGUUGUGUGGACUUGGAGUCCUAGAUCCAUGUGGUAGUCAGUUGGGGGAGACAAGGUGGUAAUAAAUCUGUAAGGAGAUGGUGUCAGCCAGGAACAAGUCCUUUAAUUUCUGUUUCUUUGGUUUCACCUCCUUGGAAGGCUGAGUUUUCAAGAGCCUUUGGUUCAUUAUGCUUAAUGCUCACUUGAGAAAUAGAUCAACCAUUUGUGAUUUCAUAAUAGACGAACCAUCUGACUUUGCGUGUAUUAACAUUCUCUGGUUGAUUGAUGCUGCUGAGCCAGUUUUGUUACAGUUAUUCCCAGCUGAGUAUUUUAUACAUCAUGAAUCAAAGUUAGGAGAGGAGUCAGUGGGGAGUAGUGUGGCUGUGCUCACUGCAUCCAUCCUGAGGCGUAGGAGAUUGUCUUCUCCAAAACUGUGUCUGAUCAUGUGUCCAUUUAGUAUGAGUCCCAGGGUAGGCGUAAGAUGGGACUGAUUUUAGUGUGCCGCUUGCCCGGACUUUGCUGCCAAGUCACUUCUCGAGCUAACUGAAUUCCUAACUACAGUGACAUUGGAAAUGCAGAGCGUGCUAUGAGCAACUUCAGUCUGAAUGUAGAUAAAGAAUCAACUCAGGAUUUCCUGGCCACCGUGAUGACCAUGGGCCUAUCCCUGGUAGCUGCUGUUCAACUUACGCACUGGCUGGGAUUGCAGGUUGGGCAACUGUACCUUCAAAUCUGUCACAGACUGAUUGUUAUCUCCUGUGCUUUGAGUUUGGGCCUCAUCCGUCUUGGGGAAGGGACCUGUUUAGAUGGUCUACCCGUAGAAAGUCAUGGAACUAGAAAUGUUCUAGAGAGCUCAGGGAGAAUCCUGUUCCACCGACGGACCACUCCUUUGAUGGGUUGGUAAAGCCCUGUAAUACUCUCCUCCCGCCCCAUCCCCACCGUUGAUGAGAUGGCCCCUGGGUGCCCUCUUUGCUGGCUUUGUUCUUACAGGUCAUGCUAUGUUACAGAUGAUCUGACAAAUGAAGUGAGAGGAAAGUUUUGGGCUGAGGCUGAAAAGUUGCAGCAUAAAGAUUUUUUUUAAAUUCUUGUGCUGUGGUUCUGUGGGAGGCAAAGAAAAAUCUCAGACAUCCAAUUUGUUUUGGGCAAUAGAUAGUCUGGUCAACCUGGACUGUCUCAGUUGUGUAGCAGGUCAGGGUUCCACCAGCUGUGAGGAAGUUGUUUGACCUUUUGUGGACACAGUAGAUCAGAUUAGAAAUGGGCUGUCUACCUCUGUGGUGGCAGAGCAGGGUCUUGAGGGAACAAGGACCUCAUCUUCUCUGAGAGUGUUUUAGCCAGUGAUGUUCCCUGAACUAAUGGAGGUGUUGGGAGAAUUUUGUCACACAACCUAUGCUUUGGAUCCACAUCCUUCCUGUCUGGUGAAGACCACUUGGGAAGUAAUGGGUCGCCUUACCUGUGAAGAUUGUCGACACAUCUUUUUGAGAGGGCAGGCUGCCGAUAGCUUUGAAGCAAGCAGUAGUCUGUCUUUUGCUCAAGAAGUUGUCACUUUACACUGACCAUUUAUUGUCCAAUAUCACAUCUUCCCUUGUGGAGAAGGCUGGUAUGAGACAACUGUCCCAAGUAUCUGGAUGCCUUUGAUCUCCUUGACCCUUAUCAAUCUGGAUAUAGAUUUGGCUACAGCACCAAGACUUCAUUAAGUUGCGUUGGUUGAUGAUGUGCUGGCGAUGAAUGAAGACCAAGUCUCUAUGCUGGUGGUAUUUUAUGCCUUCAGUGCACUUAAUCAAGUGGUGAUACCCUGGCAGGAGCAGAUGGGGCUUCACUCAGUGCCUUCAUUCUUCUCUCUCUCAGAUCUCAACAGGUAGUUGUGGGCAGUUGCCCUUGUUCCUGAAGAGCUCUCAAGUCUGGAGUGCCACAGGGUGCCAUUCUGUCACCUCUCCUGUUCAACAUAUGGUGGAGCUUUUAGAAGUGUUAGUGAGGAGGCACAGGGUGCAAUGGGCUGAUGACACCCAGCUACAUGUGUCUAUCUCAUCUGAUUCAGUGCCUCACCCAGUGUCUAGUUGAGAUUGGGGCUGCUCUGAGACUCUGCCCAGACAAGACUGAAGGUGAUGAUGGUGGGUUGGAGGAAGCAGUCGGAGGAGAGGGUACAGGUAAUAUCAGCCCCUGUGGCUGAAGGAGUACAUCUAUCAUUAAUUAAUAUUGUUCGCGGCUUAAGGGUGAUUUUAGACACUUCCCCCAACUGCUGUUUGACGUAUUGCAGGAGAAAACCCAGCUUUCAAGUAGUUCUACUCCACUAGCACAACCAUCAGCCAAUCGGAUUGUACAAUAUCCAGUUAAUUUUAUAUGAGUGCACACUUGAGAACCAGGAGCAUAUGGCUUCUAAUCCUUGUUUUGACAUUUGGCCUUGGACACCUUUACUGCAAGUUCUCCAUAUGUAAAAUGGGGCAGUCCAGUGCCAUACAAGUGCUUAGUUAUUAAUGUUGUGGUCAUAGCUAUUGAAAAAACUAUAUGCUGGAAGGAUGGCUUCAGCGUCACAGAAAAGGUGAUUUGUUCAGGUGAAUGUCCGGAUCAGUGUAAGGUUGUAAGGGGAUGAGUGGGUGGCACAACUG